GGGAGGCAUUGUGGGUGCCGUUCCGUUUCGCGCUUGUCUGCCAUGUCUGAGGCGUAUUUCCCUGUGGGCCCCGGGCUGGGGCUGGAAGAGAAUUUUCUGUCGCUAGACGACAUCCUGAUGUCGCAGGAGAAGCUGCCGGGCCGCGCCGAGACCAGCCUACCGCGCCUGGGUUUCGCACUGGGCCAGGGGACGGGCACGGGGGACGCCAUUACUGAGGGAUCAAAACUGGAAAUCCCUCUGUGGCUUGCUAAAGGUCUACAUGACAGCAAGCGAAGAAUAAUUUCUGUGGAACUACCAAAGAUUUAUAAGGAAGCCUGGAGGACAGUGUUGAGUGCUGAUGCCAGCGUGGUUGAUCUGCAUAAAAUGGGGCCAUACUACUAUGGAUUUGGCUCCCAGCUCCUCAAUUUUGAUAAUCCAGAGAACCCUGAGAUAGCUCAGGCUAUCCUGCAGACAUUUAUUAGCCGAUUUCGUCGUAUCAUGGACUCCUCUCAGAAUGCCUACAAUGAAGACACAUCAGCACUAGUGGCUCGGCUGGAUGAACUGGAGCGAGCCUUGUUUCAAGCUGGCCAGAAAGAACUGAAUGACUUCCAGAGCUGGGAAAAAGGACAGGCUUCUCAAAUCACAGCCUCGAGUCUGGUCCAGAAUUAUGGAAAAAGAAAGUUCACAGAGGUGGAUGUUUAAAAGCCCGAAGAGUGUGCAGCUACAGUGAGGAACACCAAGAGAUUUACAGUCUCUCUGUUACAGAAGAUAAAGAUGAAUCAGCUCUGGGGAAAGACAGGCUCACUGUCCAAUAGUGGGAAUUCUUCUCUGUAACAUCUUCAGAUCAGACUAGUGCAAUUUUUAAAGGCAGACAGCAAGGAUAUAAAAAAGAUGGCAUCACAUCACAGGGCAGCUUUACAGCUUACUCAUACCACUCCUGGGGUUUUGCACUUCAAGUGUGUUCUAGGUGGCUGAAAGGAUAUGAGAAGAUUUUCUGGGAGGGUCAUUAAUAUUUAUUAUUCUUUAUCUCCCCAGCUGAUACUUAUAAUACUGGAUCUAUCUGGAAAAAAGUGUAAUUCAGUGUAUUUCAUCUUGCCCUUCCCAUUCCAGCCUCCUGGGAAUAGCUAAUGCCAGGUUCCCUGUUCUUUGGAGAGCCCCAGUGAUGUGGGAAAAUAAUGAUACAAACCACAUGAAAUUUUAUUCUAUUUCUUAUGGACCGAGGUGGAACAGGUGCUCUUUGUGAGGCAGGAAUAUUUUUCUUUGCUGACUUUUGUACAUAGGGUUAAGUGCCCUGGAGAAAAAUGCCACCUCUAACCCAUGGAGCAAGUGAAGAAGCCAUGCAGGUCUUACAUGCUGCUUCAUCUUUUCUCGACCUUGGUCACUGUGGUCUUGAUGCUGAAUGAGGUGGAGAAUGUUCUUGUUUGAUGCUACUGGCUUGCAUGAUGAAUGUGCUGGGUGUUAAGCUCUCUGCUUGUUUUACGGGGGGGGAGGGGGACAAUAGAAGACAACAGUUAGCCUUGACUGAAUCAGAAGCAGCAACUUUAAUGAAAGCUCUCCUCCAUUACCAAUCUCUGAUCCAUCUGUCUGCCCAUGGAAAACUUCUAAUUCCUAAAUUUGGUUAGUAGAAGGGACAAAGCAUAUUUCAUAAUUUCCUUCCUUUUGAUUCAUCUAAAUGAUCCUAGUAAAUGUCAUUCUCAGCCUGUUGCUGAACAGCACAGUGAUUGUCAUAAUGUGUGGAUGCACUUAAACCUACAUUAUCUGAAGUCCUGUCGGAUUGGUGUCAGAAAGCACGUGGUUAUCUCUGUAAGACUUAGUUUCUGCAGUCAUAAGGAUGGCUGUCCUUUGGAAGCAGGUAUGGGAUGUGGGUGCUUCUAAGCAUCUGUAGAAGGUGCACCUAAGUGGGGGAGGCAGACAGUAGUGAUACAGUGUGCUUUCUUUUGUAUGGGAAUUACUGGGAGAUGACAGCAAGAUCCAAAUCUUAGGAGUUGUUGCUGGACCUGCAGAUGCACUUCCAUAUUGGAAACUUCAAACUGGAAACCUCAAGUACAAAGGGUGCAUGUCUAUUUCUUUGCCAGAGGACUGGAAGCUCUGGAGGUGGUGAGAGGAGACAGCAUGCUGGUGUCACUGCCACCUUGGUGCCUCUGCCCUGCCUGCCCAGGGCCAGCUGUCCUGCCAGGGAGGCUAACAGGAAGCUGUGCCUGACAAAGUAGUUGAAGUAUGUGCAAGAUAAAUGCUGCUGCACUUACGAACUUAAUGGCACAUAAUAGCCUGUGCAUUUUAAUGAAGCUUUUAUUGUCCAUUUCUGGAUUUCUAUGAUGAAUAAAUAUUAUGUAAGGGGAUGUUUAUAAUGUCAAAUAUCUAUUGUUAAUUGCCCUGCAGCAGGAAAAUCUGUAUCGAUUGGAAAGUGCAGGUCUCUACAAAGCCAUGGCCAGGAUGGAUAAUGAAGUCCUGCUUGUGUCAUUUUUACUCUUACAAGUAACAUGCUUGGAGCUAUGUCUGUACAACCAUACAAGGGUAGAAGUAGUUCAUGUCUGCUUUGUCCCAUGUGGAUGAGAGCUGUUUACUGAUGUCAUAAGAGACACUGCCAAGCAAUCAAUAAGCUAUUGAUUUCAUAAAUUGCAUUUCUGUGAAACAUGA